AUGGCCUGGGGAAAUGCCAUCACGACACAGACGGAAAAUCUCCUGUCCUAUAUUGUUCCUGACGAGGCUAUUCCCGAGAUGGUAGAGAUGUCCGCGCGUGGAUUGGCGUUGCCCUUCAGGCUCUCCGCAAAAGUCCCCAUGAAGCUGGGGUCCCGGCGAAGCUUGACUUUCCCCGCAUGGUGGAAAAUCUUGCUGGGGAAGAGUGGAGGGAGAUUGGGGGACGGAGAAUUGGGCUUCCACCUGUGA